CCCUGCAAUCGCAAGAGGACGGAAGAGCAACACUGUAGCCCUCUCUACUCCCACGCCCGAGACCGAGAAGACAUAGUAAUAUCUUCCUCGACAAAGGACCUGAUUUAGUGUGCACCUUCGGGCACGGAAAAUUCUCAACUUGGCCAAGCGCACUUCCUUCUGGCCAUGGCCGACACGGUUCCCCCUGCCCUGAGGCAGGCCGACGUCAACAUCUGGAAAUGCGCCACGAAGGCUGCCCAGCUUCAGACCGUGAAGCCUAUCAUGGCCUAUUGGUGCGAAUACUGGGCCGUCAACCAAAUCCUAGCGAAGCAGCUGCACACAGCGGACGAAGCCAUCUUGAGCUAUACAACAAAGUUGAUAGACAAGCUGGAGCAGGUCUGCACGCCUUUUUGAAUCACCAAUCAUUGAUUGAUGCUGACCGAUGCCGAUGUUGGGACAGACAAAAGCUGAGUACGCGAACGAAGAUGCGAUUGCCGAUGAUGCGGCCGGGCAGGCAUACGUCGAACAAUUCGCACAAGAAACGCUAGACCGAGCGGAACGGGUGGUGAAAGCGGGACGGGUAACUCAACAAACCGCCACAACCUUCGACGCGGCCGCAACCUUCUUCCACGUCGUGAACAUCUGGGGUCCAGUUGAUCAAGAAACUCAGCAGAAGAUCAAGUACGCAAAAUGGAACGCGGCGCGGAUCGUCAAAGCCAUCAAAGAGGGAAAAGAUCCAAACGAGUCAAACCCGAAACGCGAAGAGGCCCCCCCGCCGGCGCUGAAUCCAAACGAACCUGUGGUACAGACCCCGGGAGCAACAAGCUCAGGGCCGAGGCCGGUGACGAUAGAAGAGGUCCCUGAUGUUGACAUGCCCAACGCGGGCGCGGCGCGUACAUCUUUACCUCACAGCCCUGCUCCGGCCGAACCUUCGCCAGUGUCGGAUGGCGGGCUACAACUACCAGGUGUUCCCACGAACCUAAGCCAGCCAGCAUCGUCUGGUUAUUUCGGGCCAAAAGCGUCAAUCACCCCUCCACCGCAACAAUCGAAUCAGUUCCAGCCUCCACCUGAUCUUCCGGCCCCACCGACUGGUGGUUGGGCGCCGUCUCAGCCUAGCCCAGCGACGGGUGCUCCACCCACAUGGUCACAGCCUUCUGCGCCGGCGACAAUCCCACCGCCAACGUUUGCCGCAAACUCAUCGCCCACAGCUGCGGUUGCGUCGCCACCAGCCGGGCCGCCGGCCGAUUCUUAUCGCCCCCAAAUGGCCCCAACGGCGACCCCGGCGAGGCCGACAGCUCCCGCGGCAGUACCGCCUCCCGGUCCUGCGCCGGCUCCAGGCGGUGGCUUUGUGACGGACGAGGCGGCGAUCGCUGGGGCACAGAAGCAUGCAAGAUGGGCUAUAUCGGCACUCAACUUUGAGGACGUUCCGACGGCGGUACUUGAGUUACGCAAGGCGUUGAAACUGCUCGGUGCGACAUAGGGGCUGGAUCCACGGCGCUACGAAAUACCUAACGAUGGGACUCGAUGAAGUUUCAGCGUGAAUCUCGGAGAAGUUGGUGGUCUGGACGCCCAGGGG